AUGGAAAUGAAUAGAAAUGAAGUCAUAUCGUUGGUGAUACGUAUGACUUUGUUGUCAACGUGUGCUUAUUUUGGUACUAAAUGGUUGAUCGGACAGAUUGAUCCAACCAAUCAACAAAAAAAACGAUCCAAGCAGACCGCACUCAGCAAACUCAGAAGCUUAGGUCUUCAUAAAAUGAAGAACUUAACUGACCAUGAGUUGAUGAUUGCCAGUCACUUGGUAAAUCCAUACGAUAUCACUGUUUCUUGGAAUAACAUUGCUGGACUUAGUCAAGUAAUAGAUGAAAUCAAAGAGACCGUGAUAUUUCCAGUGCAAAGAAAAGAACUGCUUAGGAAUUCCGUCUUGACAAAACCGCCAAAAGGAGUUUUGCUUCACGGACCUCCUGGUUGCGGAAAGACAAUGAUUGCCAAGGCAACCGCCAGAGAAGCGGGUAUGAAUUUUUUAUACCUGGAUGUGUCAUUACUCACUGACAAAUGGUACGGUGAAAGCCAAAAGUUAGCUGGUGCCGUUUUCAGUUUGGCUCAAAAGCUUCAGCCUUGCAUAAUAUUUAUUGAUGAAAUCGAUUCUUUUUUGAGAUCUAGAACACAGCAUGAUCAUGAAGCAACCGCUAUGAUGAAGGCUCAGUUUAUGAUGCUAUGGGAUGGUUUAUCAACUGAUCCAGAAAAUACUGUCAUAGUAAUGGGCGCCACAAAUAGACCUAAAGACUUAGAUCCUGCCAUACUCAGGAGGAUGCCAGCCACUUUUGAAAUAUCAUUACCGGGUGAACAACAAAGAAAAGAAAUACUGACCUUAGUUUUGAAUACUGAACAAUGUGCAGAUAAUGUAGAUCUACAUCAGUUAGCCAUAUCUACAACCGGAUUUUCCGGAUCUGACCUUCAAGAAUUGUGUCGUAUCGCAUCGUUAUUCCGCAUCAAAGACUUGAUUAAAGAAGAGGAACUUCAAAAAUGUUCAUUAAACUCCAAUCCAAUCAAUGCAGCCAGUAUUAAUAUGUUGAGGCCUAUCAGUAUGGACGAUUUGGUUGCAUCUGUUAUCAAGAUGAAAGCAUCCAAAGUAGUUAGUACCACUCAACCUAGGUUUUAA